AUGGAUCAUCAGAGCAGAGAAUUUGAACAGGACUUCUUUUUAAAAGAACCAGUUGACGCGCGGAUACGAAAACCAAAAGAUGAGCCUAAAGAAGAAUCUCACCCUAACCUUAAAGUGGAAAUGCAAACGAUACGUCUAAAUUCCGAUUCACAAAAACUUGUAUUAGACACAUUAAGAUUCAUCCAUGGGCCAGAUUUCAAACUUGGAAGUGCAAGUGUUUAUAAGGAUAAGGGAUCUAAUUUGGGUAAUCGCUAUUGGAUGGAAAGAGGCAAUCUUGUUGUGCAAGGUGGAUUUGAUUAUUCACUGUCAGCUAAACCUGAUAUACAAACAUCAGAAGCAAGACUCAGAGCGUUCGCUUUGGCAAAAUUAGAAAAAUAUAACUUUCAUAAAGCACAUUGCGCAGAAGCAUUGGAAGUGGCCGGAGAGAAUCUGGAGAAGGCAUUAGAAAUACUAUUCCAUAAAUAUUUUAAAAUUGAUUUUCAAGAUAAACCACCCAAUGUGCCUCCAGAUUCAGAGUUAUUAGAUAUGAGGAGAGACGAAAAAGAUGUAUUAGAAUCCAUCUAUGAAACUAGCUUUAGAGCCAAAGAAAGUAAUAUUUGGUCUAUUGAAGUAAAUUUAGAAUAUAUAACAAAAAUGUAUCUUAAACAAAAUCCAGAUUUUGCAAAGAAGAAAGAAAAUAUAAAUUAUAAUAAUGUUAAAAAGAAAAAAGAAUUAUGUAAAAUGUAUCUAAAAGGUCCUUGCAGAUUUGGGGCGAAUUGUAAAUUCUCACAUGAAACUAAAACUGAACCUGUUGCUCAAACAACAGAUUCUCCCAUUGAAAGUGUAAAAUACGAAUUAGAAAUAAGAUUUUCCGAAGAAACUGUAUAUCCAUAUCAACCACCGUUAAUAUUUGUUAAAGUUUUAAGUUCAACAAAAAUAAUACCAGAAUUAACAUUACUUAAAAUAACUUUAAGACUUUUAGAUGAAGCAAAAAAUCUGGCACAAGAUGGCAUACCAAGUGUGUACUCAAUAGCGGAACUAUUAAAGUACGAAGAAGACAUAUUAAACUUCAUACAAUUUGAUACAAGAACAUUUCCCGAUCCAUCAGAAACUUUAUAUCCACAAUUGACCGGAGACCAAAGUAUAGAUCAAAAGAAAUACCCCUCGCACUAUAAGAAAGAACAGAAAAAUAAUACGAGAUCCAAAGUAGAUUUUGACGAAAUAAUAAACAUUAAUAAAGAUAUACUUAAAAUUUGGUUAGAGAAACAAGAUAAUAGUAGAUAUCAUAGGAUGAUGUCAAGUAGAAAAGAACUUCCCGCUUGGAAAAAGAAGGAUGAAAUAUUAAGUGCUCUCAGCAAAUCACAGGUGAUAGUGAUAAGUGGUGAGACGGGUUGUGGUAAGAGUACUCAAGUGCCGCAGUACAUCUUAGACGAGUGGCUGCAGGAGUUCAAGAAGGGGGGUAAGCAGCACGCGGAGAUAGUGUGCACGCAGCCGCGCCGGAUAUCCGCCAUCGGCGUCGCUGAGAGAGUCGCUGAUGAGAGGAUAUCUAGAGUCGGGAAGGUUGUGGGAUACCAGAUAAGACUUGAGAGCAAAAUAUCAUCGUCUACAAGGUUAACAUUCUGCACAACGGGUAUUCUUCUCCGGAGACUUGAAUAUGACCCUCAACUGGAGUCGGUCACACAUGUCAUAGUAGACGAAGUACAUGAACGAUCUGAAGAAAGUGAUUUCCUCCUACUUAUUCUACGAGACCUUAUAAAAGUGAGAAAAGAUCUAAAAGUAGUACUAAUGAGUGCUACUUUAAAUGCUGAAUUGUUUUCACAGUAUUUUGAUGAUAUACCAAUAUUAGAUAUACCAGGUAGGACAUUUCCGGUGGAGCAAAUAUUUUUAGAAGAUAUAAUGGAAAUGUCUAAUUAUGUAUUAGAAGAGAAUGGACCGUAUACACGCAAAAUGAAAAAAAAAGAGAAAGACCACCUUCAGGAGCUGCAGGUGGAACUGGAGACGUUCGACGUGAGACCUGACGCAUGUGAGGCUCCGAAGGCCAGCAUCCGAGAUGAGAACCUGUCGGUGUCGCAGGUGAUGGCGCGCUAUCCGCGCUGCAGCAAGCCUACCUGCAAGAAUAUCUACCUCAUGAACACUGAAAAGAUAAAUCUGGAGCUCAUAGAGCAUGUGCUGACGUACAUAGUGUCGGGGGAGCACGCGUGGCCGAAGGAGGGCGCCAUACUGGUGUUCCUGCCCGGGAUAGCCGAGAUCAUGAGUUUAUACGAACAAUUAAAUGAUAGCCCUAUAUUCUCACCAAAGACCCGUAAAUACGUGUUAGUGCCGCUGCACUCGACUCUCUCCAGCGAGGAGCAGUCGCUAGUGUUCAAGAAGCCGCGGCCCGGCGCCAGGAAGAUAGUGCUCUCUACUAACAUCGCGGAGACCUCCGUCACUAUCGACGAUUGUGUCUUUGUUAUUGAUUGUGGCAGAAUGAAGGAAAAAAGAUUCGAUUCCAACCGUAAUAUGGAGUCUUUAGACUUGGUGUGGGUGUCGCGAGCUAACGCGAAGCAGCGCCGCGGGAGGGCCGGCAGAGUGAUGAAAGGCGUGUGCGUACAUCUCUACACCUCGCAUAGAUAUGAACAUCACUUAGCAGAGCAACCAGUACCAGAAAUACAUAGGAUACCGCUGGAACAGCUGCUGUUGAGAAUAAAGAUAUUACCACUCUUUCAAGAUAUGGAUGUACAUCAGGUUUUAGGCAAAGUAAUAGAGCCACCCACAAAGAGCAACAUAGAGGGCGCGCUGUCGCGGCUGCAGGACGUGGGCGCGCUGGACAAGGCGCGCGCGCUGACGGCGCUGGGCCGCCACCUCGCCGCGCUGCCCGUGGACGUGCGCAUCGGCAAGCUCAUGCUCUUCGGCGCCAUCUUCUGCUGCCUCGACUCCGCGCUCACCAUCGCCGCCUGCUUGAGCCACAAGAAUCCCUUCGUCGCACCCUUCGGCAAGAAGGCCGAAGCAGAUGUUAAAAGAAGAGAGUUUUCGUGCGCGAACAGCGAUCAACUGACAAUACUACGGGCUUACAGGAAAUGGCAGUACGCGUUGUCAUCAACGAUGCACGACGCGAUGACAUGCGCCAACGAGAACUUCCUGUCGCACAAGACGCUGGUGACGCUGGCGGACAUCAAGCACCAGCUGCUGGGCCUGCUGGCCGCCAUCGGCUUCGUGCCCGACAUGCCCGCGCUCCGGCGCAACAUGAGGAAGGACUCUGUUGCUGAUUUGACUGGCGAAGAGUUAAACACAAACGGUAACAAUGAGAAGUUGCUGGCGGCCAUCAUGUGUGCCGCGUUAUAUCCUAACGUCGUUAAGGUGUUAACUCCAGAGAAAUCAUUCAGGAUGCAAGUAGGGGGUGCGAUCCCGCGCCAGCCCUUGCCGGCUGAACUCCGCUUCAAGACCAAGAGCGACGGCUACGUGUCCCUGCAUCCUUCCUCUGUCAACUCCGUCGUGGGACACUUCGUCAGUCCCUACCUUGUCUACCAGGAAAAAGUUAAAACGUCAAAAGUGUUUAUACGGGAGUGCUCUAUGGUACCACAGUUGCCGCUGGUAUUGUUUUCAGGUUGCAGCCUCGCUGUGGAGUUACAUAACGGUACAUUCAUCGUGUCGCUGGAAGAUGGCUGGAUUAUGUUCCAAGUGGAAAACCAUGAGGUUGCAGAGAUGUUGAAAACAAUAAGAGAGGAGUUAAUCAAUUUAUUAGAAGAGAAAAUCAACGAUCCGUCUUUAGAUCUGUUGCAUUAUGAAAAGGGGAAUAAGAUCAUAAAAACGAUUGUCCAAAUUGUAACUAAGGAUUAAAUAUAGAGGCUGGAUAAGCCAAAAAUAUUACGUGAUACGGCUAUGCAUGGUAAUAAUUAGUCGAAUUUAAAUAUAACCUGUCAAACUGUCAACUUGUCAACUUGUCAACCGUGACACUUGUAUUAAUAUACACGCUGAAUACUGACACUAUAUCUUACUUCUUACUAAUAUUAUAAAGGCGAAAUUUAGAUGGAUGGAUGUUUGUUAGAGUUUGUAGCC